AUGGCAGGCUUCUCGUCCUAUAUCGGACAGUUUCGCGCCGAAGGGGACGGCCACCGGCACAAGAGCCUCAGAAAUGGAGUCAAACGCAAUCGGCCUAGGUUGUCCUGUGCACCAUGUUGCGCUCGGAAAUUGAAGUGUGACCGUGGCCGGCCAUGUGAGAAAUGCGUAAAACGCAACGAUGACGACGCCUGCACUUAUGAUUCCCCUCCAGAGACACCUCAAAACAAUGCUGGUGCUUGGGUUGAACCUCAGGAGAAAUUACUGCAGCUUGAGAAGUUGGUGAUGCAACUUAUGGAGUCGGAAUCUUGCGGUAUUCAGCGAGCAGACCCUCACAUCAUUACUCGGCCCCAAACAGAUGAUGCUAUUCCAAAUUUGGGAACUGAGGGCCAUCUGCAUCAGGAUUCAUCUGAGACCAGGUACUCUGGAUCAACGCAUUGGUCUACCAUUUUAGACAACAUUCAAGAGCUCAAAACCACCAUGGACGCAAUACCGAGCACAUAUACGGACCAUGAAGACCCAGUUGACCUCGGAAUUCCAGAAGGACAAAUAAUAUUCGGCUCACCGAGAGAUUAUUCAAUGCAACAAAUUCUAUCCGAAAGCUUGCCUCCUAGGGCCCAGGUUGAUCGGUACCUCUCGGCCUUCUUCAAAGCUCAAAUGCUUAUUGCCCCCUACAUUCAUAUCCCCCAGUUCCAGAGACAGUACGAAGACUUCUGGAAAGACCCUCUGCGUGCGUCUCCUCUUUGGGUCUCUAUAAUGUUUUCGCUCUGCUGCAUGUCAGCAAAGAUCAACGAACUUCCUGUCCCUGCGCCUUCUGUGUUUGAAGGCCAAUCUAACGCCCGCACUGUCUUCCUCAACGCUGCUGGACAGUGUCUCGUACUUGGCGAGUUUACCCGCCCCCAAAGCCAAGUCAUGGAGGCCUUGGGUUUGUAUGCGCAGUGCAAGUAUAUGUUCAGCCUUGAUCCUUCUCGAGAGCUCUGCAUCAUUUUGGGCGUCCUUUCUAGACUUGCCUACAUGAUGGGCUAUCACCGAGAUCCUGAUAAUUUUGGAAAUUUUACAAUAUUCGAAGGCGAGAUGCGCCGCCGAGUCUGGUCAGCAUGCAGACAGUUUGAUCUCAUGGUUUCUUUCCAGUUUGGUCUGCAUAGUUGCAUUCCUGCCGACUCAUGGGAUUCUAAAGCCCCUCGAAAUCUCCUGGAUUCUGAUUUCAAUGAGGAAACGUCCCUCCUUCCAUUGUCCAGGCCGCAAACAGAUCCCACACCAAUUUUGUACUUUGUUGUGAAGGAUAAAUUACUAAGCGGCUUCACUAAAGUGUGCAGCCACGCCUUGUCUUUGAAGGUUCAAUCGCAAGAGGAAAUCUUGGAUUUGGAUGCCGAAAUCAGACAGAUGUACUCCACUAUCCCCGAGAGCCUUCGCAUUCGGCCAAUGGAACAAUCACUGGCCGACCCACCAUUUCUCAUUAUCAGUCGAAUUUACAUCGAAUUUCUCCACCAGAAGUCUCUAUGCAUACUGCAUCGUAGACAUAUGGCACUUGGUUUCGAAUAUAGCACGAAAGCAUGUGUCAAUGCGGCCAUGACAAUCAUCACCUACCUGAUUGGCGUGAAUAAAGAACUCCAGCCGGGAGGCCAACUCUACGCUAAUAGCAGCUGGGCGCUGACCAGCUUCAAUAUGAAUGAUUUCUUACUUGCAGUUAUGAUACUAUGUCUCUCUCUGUCCAAAUGGAAGAAGCAGAAUCCGGGAAAACGUGUAGAAGAGUACCCCUCUAUCUAUUCUCAACUUGAUAUGCUUAGAAAAGCGUACGCUGUAUGCGUGGAAAAAUCGGCAGUUAGCAAAGAGUCAAGAUGCGUGGUCUCUCCGGUAAAAUCAAUACUUUCUCAGUUUGAGACUGAGCCGCCUUCUCAUACAUCAACAUCUACGGGGUCCUAUACCAACAUCAAUCACGCCAACUGCCUACUGCUAAAUACAGCUCCUUCUUUGGGAACUAAUGGAAUAACCUCGCUUUCCCUUAACGAACCACAGUUGGUAUCAUUUGCCCUGGGAGAACCAACUACAACCCCCAACGAGUUUAACCCUUUCGAAGAUAUUUUCGGUGAUUUUGAGAAUGUCGAUUGGACAUAUCUGUCUCAGUAUCUCGUUGGGCCUAACAUGUUUGAUAGGCAGAUGGAACACUUUUAA